CCUCCGCCGCAGCUUCUAGGGGAACCGCGCGGGUGCGCAGGAGAAAGGCGCUCUUUCUUUGCUGAAAGAGAGCAAACACAAACUUUUGCGUAGUUCCCUCGGAAAAGGGACCACCUCCCCAGCCCACCCAUGGCGGAUGAAAUCGAUUUCACUACUGGAGAUGCUGGGGCUUCCAGCACAUACCCUAUGCAGUGCUCAGCCCUGCGCAAAAACGGCUUUGUGGUGCUCAAGGGACGACCAUGCAAAAUAGUAGAGAUGUCAACUUCCAAAACUGGAAAGCACGGUCAUGCCAAGGUUCACCUUGUUGGAAUUGAUAUUUUCACCGGCAAAAAAUAUGAAGAUAUUUGCCCUUCUACUCACAACAUGGAUGUUCCAAAUAUUAAGAGAAAUGAUUAUCAACUGAUAUGCAUUCAGGAUGGGUACCUUUCCCUGCUGACAGAAACUGGUGAAGUUCGUGAGGAUCUUAAGCUGCCAGAAGGUGAACUAGGCAAAGAAAUAGAAGGAAAAUACAAUGCAGGUGAAGAUGUACAGGUUUCUGUCAUGUGUGCAAUGAGUGAAGAAUAUGCUGUAGCCAUCAAGUCCUGCAAAUAAAUGGGAGCAUCAGGCAUGAGCAUCCUGUUUAGGUCUGGACCAGCUGCAGAUCUCAAGUUUGGUUCUAAGUUGUCACCAAAGCUAUGGCCUUCAGAAGCAACCUCAUUUACCUUUUAAUUGUUUUGAAAUUGUGCUGAGUUAGUUUUGCAGGCAAUUAGUAAUUUUUAAAAAUAAU